AUGGCUCGAUCAAAAAACGCCGCCCCAGUCGAUACUCACUCGAGCGACACUGACCGCACCCCCAAAAUGAGCGAAAAGUUCGACGGCGACCUCGGCGACCUCAAUGGCAAGGACGUUGAGGGUGGCUUGAACCAUGUCGACUCGAACUCGACUAGUGAGCGCAUUGGUCGCCAGAUUGAGAUGGAGGCAGAGAACGGGAUUAAAUAUCGGACUUGCAGCUGGCAAAAGGUAAAUUGUGCUCCCGAAUUCCGCGAUUUCUCCAUGUUACCUGGGAUCGAUGUCCGCGCUUCUCUCACGACUGCCGCUCUCUUGUUCUCCGAGUACAUCUGUCUGGCCAUGAUGUCGUUCCCUCAGUCGUACUCAGUUUUGGGGUUUGUUCCCGCGAUUAUCUUUACGAUCUUUAUCUCGGCCGUUGUGUUGUACACUUCUCUGAUCAUUUGGCGCUUCUGUCUGCGUCACCCAGAACUCCGCGAUGUCUGUGACAUUGGCCAGUACCUGUUCUGGGACUCCAAGAUCGCGUGGUGGGCGACCGCCGUCAUGUUUGUUCUGAACAACACCUUCAUCCAGGGUCUGCACUGCGUGGUUGGUGCGACCUAUCUUAACACGAUGACCGACGGUGGCGCUGGUGUCUGCAGUAUCGUCUUCUCCGUUGUCGUCGCUGCGAUCUCAUUCAUCGUUUCGCUGCCCCGUACUUUCGACGUUCUUAGUCACAUUGCGACAGCAUCGGCAUUUUUCACCUUCAUCUCAGUGCUUCUGUCUAUGAUCUUCAUCGGUCGACAAGCGCACCCGCCGAACUACGACCCAUCCGACCCGCCCAUCAUCUCCGCUAUCCCGCUGGCCGGCACCACUUUUGUGAGUGGAAUGAGCGCUUUUCUCAAUAUCAGCUACACCUUCAUCGGUCAGAUUACUCUGCCCAGUUUCAUCGCGGAAAUGAAGGAGCCCCGGGACUUCUGGAAAGCCGUCACCUCCGUCACCGUUGCCCAGGUCAUUCUGUACAGUCUUGUCGGCUCUAUCAUCUACGCCUAUACCGGUGCUCAAGCUACCGCGCCCCAUGUGUACAUGACUUCGCCCGCAUUCGGCUCCAUCGCGAACUCUGUGGAGAAGAAGGUUGCGUUUUCGUUCAUGAUUCCCACCCUUAUCUUCUUGGGUGUGCUGUACGCGUCUGUCACAGCUCGAUUCGUCUUCUUCAAUAUCUUCGACGGCACUCGCCACAAGACUAACAACACUGUUGUCGGCUGGGCCUCAUGGGCCGGGAUUCUUGCCGUCCUCUGGGUUCUUGCUUUCAUCGUCGCCGAGGUUAUACCCUUCUUCUCCGACCUUGAGUCUGUCCUGAGUUCGCUCUUCGACUCUUUCUUCGGGUUCAUUUUCUGGGGUGUUGCCUACAUCCGCAUGCGCCAGGAAGACCACGGCCCUGACUUCUGGAAGAAGCGUGGUCUCCGCGGAUACAUCGGUCUUGCAGUUAACAUUUUCCUCAUUUGCAUCGGUGUUUAUUUCGUGUCCGCUGGUACAUAUGCCUCGAUCGAGUCCAUUCUGAUCAGUUACGACUCAGGCUCUGUCGGCAGUGUCUUCUCCUGCAAGGGGAACUCUCUGUAA